CGCGCGUGGCGCCGAGGGGCGGGGCCAAGGCCCGGCCUUAAAGGGGCCGCGCCCCUCACGGGGCUGAGCGGGAGCGGCGGCAGCGGCGGGAGCCAUGGCCGAGACCAUCCUGGUGACGGGCGGCGCCGGCUACAUCGGCAGCCACUGCGUGCUGGAGCUGCUGCAGGCGGGCUACGAGCCCGUGGUCAUCGACAACUUCCACAACGCCAUCCGAGGCUCCGAGGAGCUCCCCGAGAGCCUCCGGCGGGUGCAGGAGAUCGCGCACCGGCCCGUGCUCUUCCAGGAGCUCGACAUCACGGACCGGGCGGCGCUGCAGGAGCUCUUCAGGAAGCACCGCUUCUCGGCCGUGAUGCACUUUGCGGGGCUCAAGGCCGUGGGGGAGUCGGUGCAGAAGCCUCUGGAGUAUUACAGAGUGAACCUCACCGGGACCAUCGGGCUGCUGGAGACCAUGAAGGCCCACGGCGUGAGGAACAUCGUGUUCAGCAGCUCUGCCACCGUCUACGGGGACCCCAAGUACCUCCCCCUGGACGAGAAUCACCCGGUCGGGGGCUGCACCAACCCCUACGGCAAAUCCAAGUUCUUCAUCGAGGAGAUGAUCCGGGAUCUCUGCAGAGCAGAGAAGGACUGGAACGCCGUCCUCCUGCGCUACUUCAACCCCAUCGGCGCCCACGAGUCGGGGAUGAUCGGGGAGGACCCUCAGGGCAUCCCCAACAACCUCAUGCCCUACGUGGCUCAGGUGGCAGUGGGACGCCGGGAAUUCCUGAGCGUCUUUGGGAACGACUACAAGACUGACGAUGGAACGGGAGUCAGGGAUUACAUCCACGUCGUGGAUCUGGCCAAGGGCCACAUCGCUGCUCUGAAGAAGCUCAAGGAGAACUGUGGCUGCAAGAUCUACAACCUGGGCACAGGCACCGGCUACUCCGUGCUGCAGAUGGUCCGGGCCAUGGAGAAGGCCUCGGGGAGGGAGAUCAAGUACCGGAUCACGGCCCGGCGCGAGGGGGACGUGGCCUCCUGCUACGCUGACCCCGCGCUGGCCGAGCGGGAGCUGGGCUGGAAAGCUGCCUUUGGCCUGGACAAGAUGUGUGAGGACCUGUGGCGGUGGCAGCUGCAGAACCCCACGGGCUUCAGCAAGAACUGAGCUGUGACCGAGGGCUGGCUGAGCCCAGGAUGCUGUGAGCCAGCCCUGCCUCCUUCCCCCAGGGCUGUCACUGUCCUGGGAGGGCACUUCCAGCUCCCCUCCUGCCUCUGGCACGGGGCAGGAAGGCUGGAGCAUCCUCAGCCUCCCCCCUCCUCAUCCUCAUCCCCCAGGUCUUUGCAUCUCACAGAGCAGAACCACAACGAACAGAGAACAGGCCCAGGCAUGGAACCCCCAUGGGAACCCCCAGGGGCUGCAGCCAGCCCGGGCUGGGAGCUCCUGGGCCCUCCCUGGGCCAGCAGAGUCCUGCUGAGCCCAAACUGUUCCCUCCUGCCCCACCUGGCUCAGGGGGAGCCCAAGGCCCCUCUGCCCCUGCCCUGGCACAGAGAAGGCAUCAGGAACCUCCCACAGGGACCACUCACAUUCCAAGGCUUCCUCCACUCCCCCCCUUUACCCCCAGCAUGGUUUUGGGGACCAAAUCUCAUCUCCCCCCUCUCCUGCUGAGCUGGAGAAGCCCCUGCCCAGGGCUGUGCCAGCCUGGCUGCCCACAGCGCCCUGGGUGCCCGCUCUGGGCUCCUGUGGCAGCCACUCCCCACAGCCCCAGGCUGCCAGGAGCCAGCCCUGCCCUCCUGUCCCACACUGCUCCUGUUUAUUCCUGGCAGCUCCCAGGGCAGGGAUGACGCAGCCGGCCCCGUGUGCUGUCGGCUGGAUGAAUAACUUAUGAAUUGAGCUUUUGAUUUGUUUUUAAAAUAAACUUUCCUACUUUCUAAGUGGCAG